UUUUAAAAAUUAAAAUGUCAAUACGACCGCUAACUCCUGAACUAGCCGAGAAAGCUCAAAAGGAGUUAAAUGAAGACCCUAAAAGGAUUCCCAGUGACCUGGAACAUAUAAAGGACUGGUUGGCAAAACAACCGCACAUUUACGCCAGAACAGACGACCAAUGGCUGAUAGCGUUUUUGCGGGGUUGUAAGUACAGCUUGGAGAGAACUAAAGAGAAGCUCGAUCUCUAUUACACUUUGCGUACCAUAACACCAGAGCUCCAUACGUUUAGGCACGACAAUCCAAAGUUUUAUGAGUUUAUGGACUCAGGCGCUUAUGUCCUGAUGCCUAAAACAGAAACGCCUGAUUCAACGCGGCUGGCAAUCAUGCGUACUGGAGUGGUUGAUCCCGAAAGAAUAACUAUGAUGGAUGUGUUUGGUGUUAUGUUGAUCAUUCAAAAGAUUGUGAUGAUGGAAGACGAUAAUUCAGUUGUAAGUGGGAUUCAAAUUAUUUUGGACUUGGAAGGAAUAACUCUGGCGCAUAUGUUGCAAAUGACUCCAAAUUUAUUGAAAAAGAUGAGUGUGCAGUCACAGGAUGCUGUUCCAUUAAGAAUGAAAGGAGCGCAUUAUAUUAAUUGCCCACCUACUUUUGAGAAAUUUAUUAAUUUGAUGAGAAGUAUGUUAAACGAAAAAAAUAAGAAAAGACUGUACGUGCAUGGUAAAAAUUAUGACGCCCUAUACGAACAUAUACCGAAGCACCUUAUGCCAGCAGAGUAUGGAGGUGAUGGUGGGUCCGUGAGAGAAAUUGCAGAAUAUUGGAAGGCGAAGCGGCGCCAAUAUAGUUCAUGGUUGGAAGAAGAUAUGAAAUACAAGACAGAUGAGUCAAAACGACCUGGCAAGCCCAAGACUGCUGAAAGUAUGUUUGGGAUUGAAGGCUCUUUCCGGCAGUUAGAAUUUGAUUAACAAUGGUAUACUAAUAUUAUGUCAAUAGUUAAAAAUUGUAAAUAAAUAUUAUAAUUUAUAAAUUAUUAUAUUUAAAUAUAACACGCAGCAACAGCCUUCUAUAAAGAUUUUUGUAGCCUACAGGGUCAAUCGCUGAAUUGUGUGGUGUUCCAUUAUGAGCCUAAUGAUGUAGAUGUGAUAGAGCUGAUAGACGAAUUAGAAAUAAUCAGAUAAAUAAAGAGGCUUAAAACAGAGAAGAGCCCAGGCCCAGAUAAAAUUACCAACGAAGCUAUUAAAACACCAGGGGAGUUUCUGACCAUACCACUAUCUGGUGAUCUGGUAUUCACUCAUUAGAAAUUAUUAUAGAGAAGUAUCAAGAGUUUAGGAAACCAGUAUACGUGGCCUUCAUAGACUACCAAAAGGCGUUCGAUACAGUACUCCACUCGGCAAUUUGGAAAGCUCUACAUUCACAACAUGUAGAGCCCACAUAUAUUAGAAUUUUAAAUUUAAAAUACCUAUACAAAGAGUGUACCAGUAGAGUGAAACUAGAGAAACUAGAGCAAACUAUAUCCAUGAAGGCGUAAGACAGGGCGACCCCUGCUCCCCUAGAAUCUUUAUAGCUGUCCUUGAGAUGGUGGACGACGACAUUCGUUCUGCCAUACGUCAAAAAACCAAGUUUACAGAUGCUCUCCAAUACUUCCUAAAAAAUAUGACGGAAGCCACGUAGCAAGAAAGGUUCGACAACAAGAAUGACAUCGUGGUCAGGCCCCCUGGGUUACAGGCUACUAAUUCAAACACUUGGUAGGUGGUCCGAUGACAUCGCAAAAAUCGCUGGCAAUAUGAGGGUUAAACUAGCCAAAGUUCAGCAAAGAUGGCCCUCACUGGAGGAGGCCUUCACCCUCACCUAUAGGCGUCCUUGUCAUACCAUUGUAAUUUUUUUAAAUGUAUUUUUAGUAAAUAAGUAUAAUUAUUUUAAAUUGUAUUUUUAGUUGUACACAUUAGGUACUUGUAAAAUAAGAUUUAGAAGGCAUUUAUAUUUAUUUUAUUUUUAUUUUAUAAAAUAUUAUAAACAAUAAAGAUUUUUUUUUCAAAUAAUACGUACCUAUAUAAGUUUUUUAAAAAAGUAUUCAAAGAAAUAAA